ACCAAAUUUCCUAUACAAUUAUUAACCAAAUUUGUAACGUUUACGUAAAUAUAUUAUAAAAAAAUAAAAAGAAGCUCAAAAAUGCAAACAAGAUUGGCAAUUUCUUCAUCUACAAAACUUCAUCGACUGUUAUUGGCACAAUCUCAAAAAUACAAAUCAUUUUCCUCUUCUACUGGAGGUCGAACAGCUGAUCCUGCCAUCCAUUCUGGACCUCUUGAAGGAGAUGACUUGGAGGAAUCCGUUAAAUUUUCAGAAAAUGAAAAGAAACAACCCAAUAUUAAGUCUGGUAACUCCAGGGAUGCAUUUGUGCCACCCAAAUCACCAACUCAAAAGAUCGAAAGCACAGGCGUAAAUCAACCUAUAGACCCUUUAACACAACAAAAACGCCAGAAAUCUAGUAAUGCUACCGAAAAAACUUCAUUAGAAAAUGUUAGCUGUGCUGGAUUGGAUGGUUGGCCUGACGAAUCGAAAAGCAGGGGAGAUCAAUUUGAAGAUGACAAAGAGUAUUUUAGUCAUCAUAAGCCAUCUCCAUUAGCGGAAAUGGAGAUGGCUGAUACGAGAAAGCCAAUCACGCAAGCGACUGAUGCGCCUCCGGAUGAUGGCAUUCCUCUGUAUCCCGCCCCUUGGGGCGGGAUGAUGGUGUGGAGGCCGGAACAAUUGGAUACGGCUGAAGAAGCUCUUUUGAGAGCUAUGGAGAUAUGGAAAAUGAAUGCUAUGAGAGGUGAUCCAGAUUCACCUCAAGGUAGGAUUCUUAGAAAGCUUCGUGGUGAAAACUGGUGAUUUAUGCUUUAUAUGAUGAUUUAAUUUUGUUUCCUUUUUUGAAAUGUCAAAGACUCAAGGGUGUCAAGGAUAUGUUUUUUUUUUCGAUCAUUUGAUAUUCAGUACUUGUAUUUUAAUUUGAUUAAAUUUAGAUUUGUGCUAAAAAGUCUCGCGAUUUUUUAGGUUUGGGUAGGGGAUGAUUUUCAUUAAAGGGUGCCAGGGGACGAUUUUAUUUUCAUUAAAGGGGUGUGGGGGAGGAUUUUCAUUAAGGGUGUCAAUAAUAUUAAAAAAUUUAUAAAUAGGCUAGUAAAAAGCUUGAAUACACGAGCUUAUAUAUAGUAAAAAAAUUUAUAAAUAGGCUGGCAGAUUUAAACACACCUCAUAUAGUAUUUGUGAGUACUUAGCCAAUAGAUUAAGCUUUCAGCUUGUUUCAACUUGUUUUAAGAAGUUUGAACACAUUAUCUCAUAUAGUGCUUGUAAGUAUGGUUAGACUAAUUCUUCUACUUAUUUUAAGAGAUGUUAAUUUAUAUAUUUAUAUUUAUAAAAUUAAAAUUUAAUCACCAUAUACAACAUAAUUUUUCGACGAAAAUUUUGGAAGAGGGUCAGCCAAGGUCUGCCACUAGAGAGUAGUAGCUUUGAAGAUAAAACUCUAGGAAUGGUGCGGUCAUCAAUACACACCCAUUCUCUUCAUUAUCUAUCUUACCCCUUUUUUUAGCCUCUCACUAUUAUUGUCCUCUUCUAUUGUGUAUAGUACCAUAAACAGCUCUUCUUUUUUACUUGUUUGUUUUUGUGCAUAACCUCAUUUUAUCUCCUCUGUUUUCAUGCAAAUGGCUCCCCUGCAUUUUCAAUUUCUACUUUUCAGUACCCUUAUUUUGCUUCUCAAUGUCCAAUUAACUCACGCCACGUCGACAACGGCAGACCGAAUAUCCUGCACAAUGUGUUCUUCCUGUGACAACCCAUGCCAGCCUAUCUUCUCUCCGCCGUCACUGCCACCACCAUCAUCUAACUAUAAUUUUCCACCACCACAUUAUUUUCCGCGAGGUUACUCCCCGCAGCCUCCAUCACCGCCUUAUAAUGGCGGAGAUGGUGAUGGUGAUUACUACAAUCCUCCGACUGACCCUUCCGUAUACCCUAUCCCACCACCUCCAAACCCCAUUUUACCGUAUUUCCCUUUCUAUUUUCACAACCCUCCUUCACCUUAUACAGUCGACUCUAAAUCUGUUCAGUUCAAGAACAACCCUUACAUCACUUCUCUCAUUGUUGUCCUGCCCAUUUUAUUGUUUCUGUAACCACAAAUUUAUCCAUAUUAACCAAUCAGAAUAUGUAUUUCAGGUUCAGAAGCAUUAAUAAUUGUGGUGUUUGGACAAGGUUAGGUACAAUUCAAUUAAUCUGUUAUGUACAGUACGGCUAAUUUCACAAGGUAUCUGUUACAUCCAUUUCAAUAAUAGAUUUAAGAAGUCGAGAAGCUAGUAGUCGACUAAAAAAUGGAAAAUUUUCAGGAUGUUUGAUUUGAGGACAUCCUAUUCUACUUUUGCAGAUUUGGUAUGUAGAAUAAUACUAUAUAGUACGUACGUCUUACUUAUUACAUGUAUUAUUGUUGGUAGUACUCGGUUUUUUCUUGUUGUAUACAUAUUAAGUUUUCUA